AUGGGCCUCCAGGAUGCAGGCCGUGCCUUGUCGAAGCAGGAGCCCGGCUCGCCGGAGAACAAGCGUCGGCUGCGCCUGGAGAGCGGCACAGGCUCCCGGGGCUCACGGCGAGACUCCUCCUUCCCUGCCACCCCGCUGGGCCAUUCGCUGGAAGAGGCAGCUCGAAGGCGGCAGGAGAUGCUAGCCAAGGCUCAGGCCGCCCGCGCGCUGCAGCUGGCGAGGCAGCAGGAGAUCCGCGUGGGCGAGGAAUGGAGCGAGCUCCUCAAGGUACCCUCCAACCGGACACCUGAUACGAUGUUGAACUUCUGGGAGGAGGUCAAGAUGCGGCUUCUGAAACGCUUUGGCAGCCUGCACUCGGCGAUUCAGAGUUCAGGCGAGUCUUCAGUGAGCUUCCUGAAGUUCUGUGACCUCCUGAGGGUGAUCCACUUCCCUCUGAAUCAGAGCACAUGCCGGCACCUCUUUAGCCAGGUUUGUGCAGGGCACAGGGAGAUGCCAGUGGACUCCUUCAAGGCUCUACUCAUGGAAAGGACCAUUCAAUCCAUGCGCUUCAUCAUGGAAGGCUGGAAUGGCAAGCAGGUGCGGCUGCAGUCCCACAUCCGUACCUUCAUCAGGCGCCUGGCAGAGGUGGAUGCCUCGCACCGCUUCGCGGCCGUGGACCGCUUGCAGCGGAAGCUCAGCGCCAGCUUCUUGCAGGACUUCUGGCAGUUGCUCCUGAAGCGGCUUGGGAGUUCCCGGUCCGAAGACCUCACGGUGACGCAGUCCUCACUGCUGCGGGUGCUGGUGGAUCCGGAGGCCACCGCCGUCUUCCAGGACCAGGAGGUGCUGUACAUGCUUCGCGUCUUUGAGCGCAUGCUGACCUUCCGAAAGUCCCUCGGGCUCAGUUCCAGCGAGGCCUUCCUGCCCCUACGCUACUACCUGGCAGGGCUGGUUCUCAUCAGUGCCAUCCCAACGAAGAAAGAAAAGCUGGCCUUAAUCUUCGAGGCCUUCGACAGCGACUACGAUCACUGCCUGCUCUACAGCCAGGUCCACGAGAUGUGCCACUGCAUUUGUGUUCUGAAGGUGAUGGUGGAGGAGAGCGCGCGCGGCGCCUCAGAGGAGACCUUCCAGGCUGAGCUAUCGCAGCAGGAAGGUCUACGUUGGUAUGAGAGCAUUCGAUGGCAUUUGCAACGAACAGGGGGCGUGCAAGGCGACAUCGUCAGCUUGCCCGAGCUCUUUGCAGCUUUGGACACGCAGCCCGGCUUGCUCCUGCUGCCAGGCUUGGUCCGCUUUCGCUGGGCCGCCGAGGCCAGCGAGGGCGAGGACUUGGAGGAGGCCGUGGCAGCAGCGGCUGCUGAGCUACGCCAGGCGGUGCGCGGUGACUUGACAGCAGCAAUACGUAUUCUUUGUUGUUUUUUCUCCAUGGAGCUAGUUAUCUACUUGAGAGGAUAG